UGCAGAAUCUGAAUAUCCAGGCUGAUCAGGCUCCAGUCAUUGCUGUCUUGGGCUCUGGUUGGGAGCUGUGGGCCCACAUUGCUUGUCUUGGUGUGCUGAGUGAGAUGAAAGAACUUGGCCUGUUGGAUGCUGUCACAUACCUCGCAGGGGUCUCUGGGUCCACUUGGUUUAUGUGGAGGUGCUCUUAUUGAUGUUGAAGAAAAUAAAAAAAAUAUUUGGAGUGAUUAUUUGAGGGGAUUCCAGGGACCAAUCCUAGUGAUACCUCUUUUGAAGAGCUCAUCUGCACUUUCUUCUAACAGAAGAGGAAAGGAUAGUGACAUAUUCAGCAGCACCAAGGAUAGAUAUGAGUGCAAUGUUCUUGGAUUUAGUUAUGCUUUAUGUCAAAGAUCAAGAUGACCCCAGCAUCAAGAAAAUGCUGCAUGUCCUUCAGCAGGCUCUGGGCACUGAGACAGGUUUAGUCUCAGAUACUUUUCUGAGAAAAACUGGAAUGCUGUUUUGGAGUUUUGAGUGAGGAACUUUUCACAGCUUCCCCUAUAAACAUGGAGAGACCACUGGGACAGGAUGAGAUUGAUGAGCUCCGGGAAGCAUUUCUUGAAUUUGACAAGGACCGAGAUGGGUUCAUCUCUUACAAAGAUUUGGGCAAUCUCAUGAGAACUAUGGGUUACAUGCCUACAGAGAUGGAGUUGACUGAGUUGGGCCAGCAAAUACGAAUGAACCUUGGUGGCCGUGUAGACUUUGAAGACUUUGUGGAACUGAUGACCCCCAAAUUGCUUGCAGAGACAGCAGGGAUGAUUGGUGUCCAGGAGAUGCGAGAUGCCUUCAAGGAGUUUGAUGCCAAUGGAGAUGGGGAGAUCACACUGGCAGAACUGCAGCAGGCCAUGCAGAGGCUGCUGGGAGAGAAGCUUACACCCCGGGAGAUUGCUGAGGUGGUACAGGAGGCUGAUAUCAAUGGAGAUGGCACUGUUGACUUUGAAGAAUGGCAUUCUUCCAGGAGCACUGAAAGAUAGGACAAAGGCUAGAAAUAUAGCUCUGCAGAGUUUGUGAAGAUGAUGUCUCGUUGAAGAGGUAAUAGAAGCUCCAGACACAUGCUGCCUUGUCAACAUGGCCGAAUACUUGUAGAGCACUGGAUGCCCAGAAUACCUUAAGGGAUGGAGGGUGGGAGUGAGCUUGCCACCAUAUGGACUAGGGUGUGACUACAAACAGUUGCUUUGAUUCUUGGGAGCAGAGGCAUACAUAGAAGCAAGUUUAGGAGGAAGACUCUAUGUAUAUAAAUCUGAAUUAUACUAGGAUCUAGUGCCAUGUUCCAGAAGCUAUGGCAUCAUAUCCUAGUCUGUUUCCCACCAGAUUCUCCUUCCAUGACUCCCAUGGUUAAAAGAUGAUGGGGGAACUUUUUCAUAGUCUAAAAGAAAGAAAAGAAAGCUUUUCAAAAAGUUAUACACAUAGCUUACCUUUCCCCUGGCUACUCUAACAAUGACCUCAUUUCCUUCUCUUAGUAAGAGAGUGUCCCACUAGUCACAGGGUUAUAAUGACAAUCCUAAUAAGCAUCAGUUUAGAAAUGUCUCGGGAAGAAGCAUUCAAGGUUGCAUUUUUCCAAUUUACCAGAAGCACAGUCUGUCGCUCCCCCCAUAACCACCCAUGUCCCUGCCCAAGUGUGAGAUAACCCCCGGGGAACUGAGCUAAACCACAAAUCUGGAUUAUCAAGGUUUAGUGCAAGCUGGUCCCUGUGAGUAUUUAAUCCUCUGCAAAAUGAGAGAGAGAGAGAGAGA